CACCAGCGACGCUGCGACCGCUACGGCCGCUGAACCCGCCUGCAAGCAAGCCACCUCACCCAAUGCCUUCACCUGAAAUAAGGAAUGUGCUGUCGCCAUUGGAACACGCGUUUUACGAUAAUUCUCACAAGAGUGUUUGACACCGGCUCCGAAUUCAUGAGAGUCCAAUCGCUCUCGAUCCUGGAUUGUUCCAGCAAUGACCACAACAGAUGGCUCUUGCAUCGAUACCCGCGACUUUUUACCAUUUGAUUUGCAUAAUCGGCUUUCAACAGGUGCAAAGCUUACUCACAAAUGGUUCGUGACCAGUUUGUGGAUGAUAUUCAGGAACAGCAUAGUCGCGUACGUAUCUCACCCUCCAUCUUCCCAAAAUGGACUUUAUACCGCAGAUCUUGGCCAUGCUUGGCCUGGUUUCAAGGCACCAUCACUGUUAAAGAAUUUAUCCAUUUUAACCACGGCAGUUAUUACUCACACACUUUCUUUUGAAGGAACAUUGGCAGCGCCAACUGUUUGUUGAGGACGCCGUCUCUGCGCCUAGGAACAUUAUUAUGAGGGACUUGUUCAUUCUACUGCCAAGAUAUAUACAUACUACUCAUCGAUGCUAGACAGGCUUAUAGCGAUUGAGUUGAUCGAAGCGGACAACAAUCCACCUCCAAGUGGGGGGUAUCAAACAUUCAUUUGUACGUCAAUGCACCCCCGCGGCGACACCUAGCUUUUGGUAUACAUACUUGGUCUGGAAGCUUUCACAAGUCUAAUCACAUUCUGUGCAAAAUCUGUGCAAAAUUUGUGCGCUCUUUUAGUGGAUUUACUCUCGGCAGGAGGUGCGCGUCAGCUAAUUACCUGUGGUCACCACCGUACCGGUCCACGUGUCUUGCAAGGCUUGUUGUUACUGAACGUUGACGGCCCAUUCAGAAUACGACCUGCAGGUUAUUCCUGGAAGGCGCUUAAUAAACCUACUCGGUAUACUACGAUGCAAUGGAGUUGAGAGCUGCAAAUCAGGCAGAGGGGCAAUAGCUCAUCUCAAAAUAAAGGGAUAAGCCAGAUCACAGAUAAGUCAGCGGUCAUUUCGGCGCAUCAAAGCCCCCACCACCACAAUCAAUUUCAAGAUCAGG